UAGUUUGGCUUUGUGCUGUUUGCUUGGUCGACGGUGUGAAAAACGAAAGAGAAGCUUGCGACUUGCGAAUACGAUUAACAAAUAGUUACUUUGGUUCGUAAUCGUGCUCUUGCAGUUUGAAAUUUGAAGCACCCUUUUGUAGUUCUUGCUUUGUUGCUCGCAUAAAUUAAUCCAACAAGUUGCAGUUAAGCUAGUUUUCGGCGAAUCCAACAAUGAGGAGGAUAUCAACUUUUCCUCCUUUCUGUCAGAGAUUAAAACAAACAGAAAAUGAGAUUGCCCAAAUGUUUCGCUUGCCUAAUUCCCAUGAAGGAAACCACCUUAACAAUUCCAUGAAAGGAGGACAUGUGUUAAGGAGGGACCCUUAUUCCCGGACAUUGGAUGAGAGGUUCAUUAGAAUUUUGAAAAUAUUCAAAUGGGGACCUGAUGCAGAAAAGGCCUUGGAAGUGCUGAAGCUGAAGGUCGAUCCUCGCUUGGUUCGCGAGAUUCUUAAGAUAGAUGUUGAGGUCAGUGUUAAGAUUCAGUUUUUUAAGUGGGCUGGGAAGAGGAGGAAUUUUGAACAUGACUCGACCACUUACAUGGCCUUGAUUCGCUGCUUGGAUGAACAUAGGAUGUUUGGUGAAGUGUGGAAGACAAUACAAGACAUGGUUAAAGGUUCAUGUGCAAUGGCUCCUGCUGAGUUGUCUGAAAUUGUGAGAAUCUUGGGGAAGGCCAAGAUGGUCAACAGGGCAUUAUCUGUCUUUUACCAGGUUAAGGGUCGCAAGUGCAGACCUACGGCGAGCACUUAUAACUCUAUCAUCUUGAUGCUGAUGCAAGAGGGGCAUCAUGAAAAGGUCCAUGAGCUGUACAAUGAAAUGUGCAGUGAAGUGCAUUGUUUCCCUGACACUGUUACAUAUAGUGCACUUAUAUCAGCAUUUGCAAAACUAAAUCGCGAUGACUCUGCUAUUAGAUUGUUUGAUGAGAUGAAGGAGAAUGGAUUGCAGCCCACUGCUAAAAUUUAUACAACCUUAAUGGGAAUAUACUUUAAGGUGGGUAAGGUUGAAGAAGCUUUGGGCCUAGUCAAGGAGAUGAGAGCACGGCGGUGUCUCCUAACUGUUUUUACUUAUACAGAAUUGAUAAGGGGGCUGGGGAAAUCUGGGAGGGUUGAAGAUGCAUACAUGACAUACAAGAAUAUGCUGAAAGAUGGUUGUAAACCUGAUGUGGUUCUGAUGAAUAAUUUGAUUAACAUUUUGGGAAGAUCAAAUCACUUAAGAGAUGCUAUUAAGCUUUUUGAUGAAAUGAAAUUGCUGAACUGUGCACCUAAUGUUGUGACAUAUAAUACCAUCAUCAAAUCUUUAUUUGAGGCCAAAGCUCCUCUUUCUGAAGCUUCUUCAUGGUUUGAGAGGAUGAAAAAAGAUGGAAUAGUCCCCAGCUCAUUUACUUAUUCAAUUCUUAUCGACGGUUACUGCAAAACAAAUCGAGUUGAGAAGGCUUUGUUGCUUCUUGAGGAGAUGGAUGAAAAAGGCUUUCCACCUUGUCCUGCUGCCUACUGCAGCCUGAUCAAUACCCUUGGAGUAGCAAAACGCUAUGAUGUUGCAAAUGAGCUAUUCCAGGAGUUGAAAGAGAACUGUGGAUGUUCAAGCGCUCGUGUAUAUGCUGUAAUGAUUAAGCAUUUUGGAAAAUGUGGGCGACUCAAUGAAGCUAUCAAUCUGUUUAAUGAGAUGAAAAAACUUGGAUGCACCCCUGAUGUUUAUGCUUAUAAUGCUCUCAUGACAGGAAUGGUAAGGGCAGAAAGAAUGGAUGAAGCUUUCUCCUUGUUUAGAACUAUGGAAGAAAAUGGUUGCACCCCAGAUAUAAAUUCUCAUAAUAUUAUCCUAAAUGGCUUGGCUAGGACAGGUGGACCAAAGGGUGCUUUGGAAAUGUUUACAAAAAUGAAGAACUCUACUAUUAAGCCAGAUGUGGUUUCUUUCAACACCAUUCUUGGUUGUCUUAGCCGAGCAGGUCUGUUUGAAGAGGCUGCAAAACUUAUGCAAGAAAUGAGUUCUAAAGGAUUCCAGUAUGACCUCAUCACCUACUCUUCAAUACUUGAGGCAGUCGGUAAGGUUGAUGAUUGUAAAAUGGUAGAGUCAUGAGAGCAAUCCGGUUUUACCUUUUUGACUGAGUCUGUCAUUGAUUAUUAAUCAAUACCUUGAAUUUUUUGAAGGUAAGGUUUAGGAACAACCAUUGAAAUUUGUGUAUAAUAUGUUUCAAAACUACAUAUUAAAAAAAUGCUCCACAUAUUUAGAAACCUUGAAAAAUAUAGUAGAUCUCAAUCUGAAUAAGAAAGUAUUGAGGAAAUUUUUGUUUUAA